AUGGCGGAUCACCACCUACUUCACACCCCUUCCCCCUCCAACGAUCUCAAGCUCAGAGGCAGAGCUCAGCACGAGCCACCAAACAAGGCCCUCCUCAAGAUCCUCAGGAUCAGGCGCAUCGUCCAUGCCUUCGUCUCCAAGCACGCCGGCCGCGUCGCCAUGGCGCUGGGCGGCGCGAGGGCGAUGCUCCUCGACCUUCUAAGCAAGAAGCAGGCUGCAGGCAUCGGGACGAGGAGGAAGAUCAAGAGGAAGCAGAGGGGGGGAGACGAACAACAAGGAUCCACCCUGCUGCAUUUGCGGCUGUGCUGA